AUGCCAAAGGCAAAACAAGACCCGUAGGUCGUAGUCUCGUAGACGACAUCAACAGUCGAUGAGAUUUAGUUUCCGGCUGUACGUUUGGAUUUGAUAUAUUCAGCUCUGGUAUACCUCGUUCGAAUUUCCCCAUUUGGACUUUAGAGUGUCUUUUGCAAAAAGAGGUUUCAAGUAAAAUUGGUUGUGUGUUCCACAUCCAAGAUGAGUUCACAAUCUAACAUAGCCCUGAAUAAUUGGCUCAUGGCUAAUAAUGUGGAAAAUAUUAGUUCAGUUGACGAAAUUUAUCGAUAUGAUAGAAAGCAACAGCAAGACAUGUUGGCUGCUAAACCAUGGGAUAAAGACCCUCAUUUCUUCAAAGAGAUCCGUAUAUCAGCCUUGGCAUUGUUGAAAAUGGUUACUCAUGCUCGGUCUGGAGGACAUCUAGAAGUGAUGGGAUUGCUUUUGGGCAAAGUAGAUGCAAACACAAUGGUGGUAAUGGAUGCAUUUGCCCUGCCAGUUGAAGGCACAGAAACCAGAGUAAAUGCUCAGUCACAGGCUUAUGAAUACAUGACUGCUUACAUAGAAUCAGCUAAACAGGUUAAUCGUCUUGAAAAUGCCAUUGGAUGGUACCAUUCACACCCUGGAUAUGGAUGCUGGCUAUCAGGAAUUGAUGUUUCUACCCAGAUGCUUAACCAAAAUUUCCAGGAACCCUUUGUUGCUAUUGUGGUAGAUCCUGUUCGUACUAUUUCAGCUGGCAAGGUGUGUCUUGGUGCCUUCCGUACAUACCCUAAGGGUUACAAACCCCCAAAUGAAGAGCCAAGUGAGUAUCAAACCAUCCCACUCAAUAAGGUUGAAGAUUUUGGUGUCCACUGCAAGCAGUACUAUGCCCUUGAGGUUUCUUACUUUAAAUCAGCUCUGGAUCGCCGUCUAUUAGACUCAUUAUGGAAUAAGUACUGGGUCAGCACAUUGAGUUCUUCAUCUCUCACCACAAAUGCUGAUUAUACAACAGGUCAAGUAUCGGACCUUUCGGAAAAACUUGAGCAAGCUGAAAACUCUCUAGGACGGGCGGCUCUAGUCGGAAGCGGCGUUGGUGUGAGUGGCUCCAGCAUUGAGGAUAGAAGAUCGGAAGAUAGGCUAGCUAAAGCAGCUCGUGAUGCUACAAAAACUUCCAUUGAAGCUCUUCAUGGUUUGCUGGCUCAAGUAAUUAAAGAUCGUCUGUUCAACCAAGUGCGUUCAAGGCCUGCGUGAACCAUCUCGUUUUUCUAAAUAUCCUCUGAGAAUCCUUAAUAAUAAACUGGCUUAUGCAUA